ACUCCCUGUAGCUUAGUAAUAGAGAAACCGGGAAAAUGUAGUUAACAUCGUGAUAACAUCUAAUACGUUAUUACAGACUUAUUUGCGUAAUUUAUGUAUCAAGGGCUAUUUCUGCCCAAGCUUGCGCGUUUGUACUGCAAGAAGUGUUUUGUUAAACAUGUUUACCGUUGUGUGUUUCGAUUAGCGCGUUUGUUUAAUAUAUUCUAUUUGCAGGUUGUCCUUCACUAAAAGCUUUGAGAACAAACAACUGCACCCCUCCAUCACAGGAAUCUGAAGAUUCAGAUGACGAACAAGAACAAUAAUAAACACAAGAAGAAUGUGUAGUCAGCAGUUUUGUACGACCCCAUUAGUUGCUCUGCUUCCAUUCUCUGUCAGUCGCGUCUCCCUUCCACCCUUAAGAAAGUUUGCUUUGAUUUAGAGAAGAAAGCUUCUUAUAGUCUUAAAGUGAAAGUCAAUACGUUCUUAGGGAAGAAUGCUUUGUUUUUGUUUGGUUUUUUUUUUUUACUUAAAGCACCAGUCAUAACUGCCACCGUAAUUUCUCCUCUCUGAGACCGUUCUUUCACAUACUUCUAUAUACUCUAAGCCUAGACUUCCUGCGAGUCGAUCGAUGGUGUGACGUCUUUGAAUUAUGCAAAUUAGGAAAGUGAUGACGUCAUAAGUUCCUUUUAAACUAUAAGCAGCAAUUAUUUUUUUCAUUUCAUAGGCACUUUAACCUUUGGCCGCAUAAAGCCGUCCUUUUGUAUUCAAGUUUGAUUCUUGCGCUGUUUGCGAAUUUGUUUUCAAAGUAAUUUAAUGAAGUUGGGUCAUUUAGAAACCAGCCAACUUGUUGUUAUUGUUUGUGAAAUAUUGAUAUUCGAUUGUAUGAGGAGAGUUGACUUUUUUUGACACUUUUGGUGUAAUUGUAAUACAGUUGAAAACUGUGUGAUGGUUAAAUAGCAAGUAUAAAAGAGAUAAGAAAUAACUAUAAUAAUGAGUUUUAAUUUAAGUGCAUGGUUCGUUUAAAAAUAUAUGACUUUUAUUCGAGAAUAUUUAACAAUAAAUUCGUUCGUGAACUUGAUCAAUCUAAUGUAUGCAUUUGCAGUUUUUCUAAGGCCAAUUCUUUCUUUUUAAUUUUUUAAACUAUACUUAUUUUCUUGGAUUAUGUUUCCGUACAUUUUAAUUCCUCCAGUCAAUCGACCAGGCUAGGGUUGACCGUGUAAUUUUUCACACAGGCUAAUACAGUAUAACAGGCGGCGAAAAGCGAGACCCGGAGGGGAGCCCCACCCACUACCGGUAAAAUUGUAAAAUUAGGCGAUUUCAUUGCUGGGGGUUGUGUUGUAUUAACUUACGGAAAAGGAGUUGUUCAUGAGCAUAACAUGUAUCAGCGGAAUAGACCAAAUAAACUAAUGUAAAAUUUAUUGAUAUGGAUAUAUGUGGAAAUUUUUGAUGACCGGAACAGACGGCUAUUUUCGUCUUCACAGCCGGUGGAAUUCCGACGGCUGCUAGCUUCUGCUGAGAACCCUGCAAGGGACAACGCAUUUGAUACCAUUUAAGGACAGACAUAAGGGUAGACAUACUCCUUACUAGUAAGGGGUGACAUCGGAACAUCGAUAGAUCAGUCGGAAGAUUGCCGAAACCGAAGUUCUCCAUUACUGAAAGAACCCGAAGUGUUUCCAAUGGCUGUCUUCUUUGCAAAAUCUUUUAAUAUCUUUCUUCGUACUUGGGAGUUUUGUGAACUUCAGUUCAUAGUACCAGUCGAAAUUCAGGGUCAGCAAACGUGCUAAACAAAUUAAGUGAAUUGUAAAGUUUUUAUGCCUAUGGUUCCCAUGGAAAUUUUUUCUACGGAUGAACUAUAGUUUCAACUCCCUUCCGGUGCAAACAGUUUGAGCCUGUGAUCUUUGUCCUGUGGAGUCACCAAAAAAAUCACGUGAGCUCUAUAAAAGGCGUGAUUUGAUUGGCUGACGUUGUGUUUGAAAGAAGUGGAGGGAAAAAACGAACAAGAUGGCCGAGCGGUGAAGGAGGUUUCUUCUCGAGCAGUUUUUCGUUUGGAUUUAGCUAAGGAUAUUACGCAUUUACGCCAUUCAAGUUCCUGAAAGAAUCAAUCAUGUCUGUUGCAACACUUGUUGGAUCUUUUGACGAUGUCGUUCGCUCCGCAUCGGUUCUCGCCGAAGGAAUUGAAGGAGAAUUUAUCAAAUUCGUAUCACAACAAGAAGAAUGCCGGAAGAAAUGGCUCGCUGCAGAGAAUGAAGCUGUUCGAUUGAAACAAGACAUCGCGAAAAUCACGGCUGAAAAUGAAGCGCUUGAAGUAAAACUGAAGCAUGCGAGGAGUCAAGUUGACAUAGAAAUCAAGAAAAGAAUGAAAGCAGAAGCAGCUCAAGAUCACUUGGAGAGGCAAGUCGCACUGAUCCGCGAACUUUUGAAUGACAAGGACACAAUGAGCAGGUUGAAUGACAAUGAGAGACAGACACUGAUGCAGUUGAGCCAGUGUCACCACGAGGACAUGACUAGCCCUAGGAAAAGGUAUAAUAAUUGUGAUCUGCAUCUGUCCAUUCUUAAAAUGGGUUGUCCUUCACUAAAAGCUUUGAGAACAAACAACUGCACCCCUCCAUCACAGGAAUCUGAAGAUUCAGAUGACGAACAAGAACAAUAA